CCUCGCACUGUGCUAUAUUAGACACCCGAUCACGCAACAUCACCAAAAGUCUCGCACAUUAAGGGCACAUUUCACAAAGAGCAAUUAGAAAUGCUUCUGGAGUAUUUGAUCUUUGCUCUGAUUAUGUUUUCAAUCUCAGAGGGUCGCCAGGAGGUGCAGGAGGUGUUUGCGCAGCCCAACUCCCAAGUUCUUCUCCCAUGUGACUGUUCUCUAUCACCCACCAUCACCUGGACCAAAGACAACCAAGGCACUGUGUGGAGACAGGAGAAGAGCGGCUUGCAGUUUUGGGGCUCGAGAUGGUUGCAGCAAGGUCAGCAGCGUGUCCGAUGCCCCCGCUGCCAGAUGCGAGGUGGCGACUGCGGCCUGCGAAUCAGCGACGUCAGGGAGCAGGACGGAGGCCUGUACGCUUGCAAGUUUCUGAGCGGAGGACACGUCAUCACGCGCUCGCUCAUGCUGAGAGUCAUCAAAGUGUCUUUCGCUCCUACGGCCCCGAUUGCCGGGGUCCAUGUUUCAAUCAGUUGCAGUGUGACACCUUGGCCUUCAGGUGCCACAGUGCAGUGGAGAUUGAACAAUGACUCGUUUGUGCCUUCGCGCCCUUUGACCCCUUCAGGGACCGUGGAGAAAAAGGCAAAUGUGCUCUUGGCAGGAGAGUGGACUUGUGUGGUGGUCAGUGGAGGCACACAGGGCCGAGCCUCUGCGGCUUUAAAUGUGAGAGGAAUCAUCCAUCCAUCCAGAGAUGACACAAAGGUCUACGCGGCGGCGGGAUCUGCAGCCACGCUCCCCUGCGUGUUCUCCACCGGUUUAAACCCGUCUGAGGCCACCUGGCAGAAACUCAAGCCUGACUCUCUCUCGAAACCAGGUUCUGAUCCCCUUCCUCCCUCCUUCUGCUCUUUCUCCCCUACUUAUCGGCCUACUUGGGACCAUUCGGCCGGUUUAAAAGAAAUUGGUCUCGAGGAUGACGGAACGUACAUAUGUGCCGGGGUUGUUGAAGGACAAAGCCUGUCUCGGAAAGUGCAGCUGAUUGUGGCUAAAAUUGAUCGCAGCAUCACACGGAAGGAAACGGUCACACUGACCUGUCAGCUGACGGACACGAGUGAGGUCACCCGCUACCAGUGGGUCCACGUUACCUACGACCUCAGCGGCACCCGCUUGGUGAAGUCCAUCCAGGAGGGAAAGACUCUCCGCGUAAGCGAGGUGUCCCACGAGGACGGGGGCGAAUGGGUGUGUCAGUUUUACGGCACAGAAGGACGCCUGGGAAAUGUAACACAUGGCAUCACUCCUCAAUCGGGACAUUUGAGUGGCUCAACAAGUGGCUCAGUUGCGCUCGGUGUAAGUGCUUUCCUGGUUCUUCUGGUUCUGAUUCUGGCUCAGAUGUACAAGAACCAACAAAGGAGAAAAACAAUCUUUCAGUACACCACAAUGGAGUCAAUCCUGCACGCUAAGUCCAACGAGCGUGAGGCGAGAGAACGUGGUCAAGAGAAUCAGGGAAGGCACACUAAACCUGAGCCAUGUGACCUUGCACUAAACAGAUAAACAGA